GGACAAUUAUCCAAAAUCAAAACUCAAUUUUCAAAUUGUCCAAUAAUGGUACUUAUUAGAACAUGUAUAGAGAAUAAUACUACUGAUAUUAUUAAAAAUUUACAGUUAGAUCUACGAAAUAUAGCAAUUGUAUGUGAAACAUCCUUUAGCUAUCUAGAAAUUGCAAUAGAAAUAUGUACAAAAAGCAGUAAAGUAAAAAUGAUAGAAGAAAUUAUAGACCUGUUAAAUGAAUUAGAUAGAGGACAUGCUAUAAUUUAUUGUCUUACAAUAAAAGGAUGUGAGAGAAUAUUAGCAGAAUUACAGAAAAAUAAUCAAAUUGAAAUAAUAAUUAUGAUAACUAUAUUUGAUAUAGAAAUAAAUUCAAAAGAUGUAAGAUUAAUAAUUCAUACAACAUUCCCAUUUUCAAUGACUAAUCUAAUGCAAGAAACAGAUCAUGUAGCAUGUGAUGGAAAUCUAGU